CUGUUGUCUUGUCUUUAUAAGUUGUUGUUCAUCGAGAUAUUGUGACAGGCUGUCCCCUCAACAGGGAGAAGAGAGCAGAAAACGGGACCUUUGUCUGAUAUUAAAGGCUCCUCUGUUUCUCUCUCUAGCCCCACUUACAUUCUUGCCCCCCAAGUUCGAGGGCCUUUGCCUGGAAGAGGUCGAUCACCAUGUCGGUGACGCUCGAUCAUUCCGAUAAACCCGAUCUUGAGAAUUCUGAGGAUGGGAAGACGAGACUCAAUUCCCUAAAGAAGAAGGCCAGCAGCGCCUCAAUGAAGCUCAGAAACUCCUUCACAAGAAGGAGCCGAAGGAGCAGCAGGGUUAUGUCCGUCUCGAUUGGGGAAGAUGAAAUUGAUGCUGAAGAGCUGCAGGCCGUGGAUGCCUUCCGGCAAGCUCUCAUUCUGGAAGAGCUGUUGCCCGCAAAACAUGACAGUCAUCACAUGAUGCUGAGAUUCUUGAGAGCAAGAAAGUUUGAUAUCGAGAAGACGAAGCAAAUGUGGGCGGACAUGCUCCAGUGGAGGAAGGAGUUCGGUGCCGAUACGAUCAUGGAGGAUUUUGAGUUCAAGGAAAUUGAUGAAGUGCUCAACUAUUAUCCGCAUGGACACCAUGGAGUGGACACAGACGGGAGGCCCGUCUACAUAGAGAGGCUCGGGCUAGUUGACCCGAACAAGCUGAUGCAAGUCACCACAAUGGACCGAUACGUGAAGUAUCACGUGCGGGAGUUUGAGAGGACAUUUGUGGUCAAGUUCCCAGCUUGUUCGAUAGCUGCCAAGAAGCACAUUGACCAGAGUACCACCAUCUUGGAUGUCCAAGGAGUGGGCCUUAAGAACUUCACUAAGGCUGCACGGGAACUCAUUCAGCGCCUCCAGCAGAUUGAUGGCAACAACUACCCGGAAACUCUGAACCGCAUGUUCAUUAUCAAUGCCGGUUCGGGAUUCAGACUCCUCUGGAACACAGUUAAAUCCUUCCUUGAUCCAAAGACAACUUCAAAGAUCCAUGUUCUUGGCAACAAAUACCAGAGCAAGCUGCUCGAAAUAAUCGAGGCAGAUCAGCUGCCCGAGUUUCUGGGCGGUACCUGUACUUGUGCUGAUAAAGGUGGCUGCAUGCGCUCCGAUAAGGGACCCUGGAACGACCCAGAAAUCUUGAAGAUGGUUCAUGAGCGCCAAGCUAGACGUUCACGAAUGACAUUAUCAGAUAUUGAAGAGAAGACCAUCUCUGAAGAUGAGACUGCGAACCAAACGAAGGACAACUCGGAGACCAAGUCCGUAGAGGAAAACCCAUUGAAACCACAGCCUCCCCCGGUUAAGGAAGAAGCUCCCAUCAUCAAGAAUAACAACCAGGGCGCCUUCGAUUAUGACAAGUGUGUCCCUGUGGUUGAAAAAAUUGUUGAUGCGGCUUGGGCUAAAACUGUACCGAUCAAAGAGCUUGCACUUGCAAAAGAAGGCAGCCUCAGCAAUAGCAAGCUCUUCUAUGUCGAUACGUCGACGAUGACCAAGGGUGCUCAGGUUGAGCUGACGGGACCAGCCAUAUCGGGUGCCGAACUCUUGACAAUGGUCAAGCGGAUGGCUCAGUUGGAAGAGAGGAUGGUGGCCCUCAGCAAGAAAGAGGCGGGUAUGCCUACCGAUAAGGAGCAGAUGCUAUCUUCUGCAAUGAGCCGAAUCGAAGCUCUGGAGCAGGAGCUAUCUUCUGCCCAAAAGGCACUCAAGGAUUCCAUGGCUCGGCAAGAGGAGCUCGUAGCAUACAUCGAGAAGAAGAAAAAGAAGAAGGGUUUGCUGUGUUUUGGCUUAUGCAGAGGAACCCGUUCCGGUAAGGCGGCAUAGAACCUAGGGGAACUCCCACUCAAUUAGCCCAUCAACAUGUUUGUGUUGGAAAUAACCGAAAUUCGUGCAACAGUGGUGAUCAUCCCCAUAACCCAUGCCUGAUAUGUUCGAUAACUUUCAUCGUGUGAAAAUGAUUCUGUGUAUGCUGACAUUGAUUGUCAUGUAAGUAAGUCCAAGAGAUGCUCUAAUGAGAUGCUGCUCCAUGUGAGCUUUCCAAUGGUGAAAAUCCAUGGAGGAGAGAAGAUUACAAUCUUUCUAGAACUGUGGGGUAAGAUUAUAAUAUUUGUAGCUUGGUUUUGGAUUGUCAAUAAUGCCCAAAACCGAGCUUGAGAGGUCUUGUUAACUCUAAUUCCUGUAAUUAUGAAAUGAAGUGGGAAUCAACGAAAUCCUGUACUUUGAGGCGGGUUUUGAUUCUUGAGAAAAUAUGGACAUAAGUAUCUAUGUUGUCUCUGGUACUUCCCGGAUUCGUGAAA